CAGACGUAGAGACAGGACCCAAUUUCCAGCCAGAACUGUCGUCGUCUAGAUUGGGACCAUGCGUUUAGGGUAUGUGGCACAACGAGUCACUCUCAUACAGUUUUCUCUGCAACACGGGUUGUGUACGCAAAGCCUUUGCUAGCUCUUCGAAUCAUCGUUCUAGAAUUUCCUUGCAGCGGUUCGCAGUUGUUUUGGAUCGUUCGUAAAUUGUAGGCGCUUUUCGUCACAUCGGUUUGCACGGGGGAAAGUGACAUCAGAAUUGGCACUGUAAUAUCGGUGGGCAGCAAAGUUUUUGCUUAGGGUUUAGGAAUCGAGCAUGGCUCCGACUCGGCUUCUCCUUUCACUAGCUAGGAGUCAGGGUUUAGGUAGGGUUAGAGAAACUAGACCAAUUUUCGUUUCAUCAUUUUUUUCAUGGGCAAAUCAGGGGGCAUUACGAAAGCAUCAUGAGUGUAGUAGUGCUGGUUCGAAUGGCUGCUCAAAAUCUGAAGGUUUGCUGUCGUCAUUCUACUUGCGUCACAUUCCGCACAGAUUGCCAUCACGGAGCUUCGCGUCUGCUCCGCUGAAGCAGGAGGAAAUUAAUGAGAUCAUUGAUGAUAUCAACUCCAAGUUUGCUGAUGCACGGGAAGAGAUUGAGCUGGCCUCUGAGUCCAAAGAAACUGUGUACUUCAACGAGGAAGCCGAGACAGCAAAGAAGGCAGUAAACGAGGUGCUUGGUAUGUUCAAUAGUUUGCUUGCUCGGCUGCCAGAGUCAGAACGCGGAGCUUUGCAGCGGUCCAUGGGCAUGAAAAUGGAGCAGCUCAAGGCUGAAGUUGCCCAGCUCGAUGAGCAUUAAGUACCCAGUGUUGACAUUUUCAUCCUGGUGGUUGUAAUUUGGAGUCUAAGAGGAAUAAACACGACAUGGCACUUCAUGGCAGGGCAUGAGGAUUAGAUAGAUUGAGGGGUUCCUGGGUUUCAGUAACAAUAGAGUCCAAUUUUAAGUAUUCACAGGCUCAAGUUUAGAUGCUGACCCACGUGACGUCUCAAGACAAGUGUUGAGGACAAUUCGAAGGGGGAUCUGGAAAUGCAGGCAUGGUUUAUCAUCUAUGCUGUGGUCUUCAUCAAAAUCGAAAUUGAAAUGUGUGCCUUCAGUUUUUGGGAAAACAUUUAUAUUCCAAUUCAGUUUUUUGGGUCAAGUGGCUCUCCGUCACAAUUUCAGUUUCUUCCCACUCGCAGGUUCAGUCUUUGUACACCUGUGGGAGGAUUCAAUAUAAUUGACAUUGCAGCAUGUUUGAUAUA